AUGAUCGAUAAUAACGUGAGUAACGGUUGGGCUGAAAAUAAUUCCAACAUAAUGUUUUUGAAGCUUAUAAAUGGCUUGAUGAAAAACGUUAAACGAGGUAAUUUAGUAUUAAACUGUGAGCGAAGUGAAGAACAAUAUGUUGAUACAAGGCUCGCUAAUAUGCUAAUAAAUGCUGGAGUCAAAUCAAUAAAAUUGCCGAAUUUUAAAAUUGUAGUCAAACAACACGAACAGUCAAAAUCAUGA